AUGGAAAGGAGUGGUAGUAACUUCGUCCAGAGGAAAACCGGUGAUGGUGAGGAAUUUUCUGGAAAUAAUAAUAAUAAUAAUAACAACAAUAAUAAUAAUAAAUUGUAUAAUAAUAAUGAUGAUGAAAUGUAUAAUAAUAAUAAUAAGAUGUAUAAUAAUAAUAAUAAUAAUAAUAAUAAAAUGUAUAAUAAUAGUAAUAAUAAAUAUAAUGAUUUUAAUUACGGCAGUAAGAAGGGCGAUAAUAAGAAAGAUAAUAGUGCUAACGUCGAUAGCAAUAAUAAUAAUAAUAAUGAAAAUACCAAUAAUAAUAAUAAUAAAUAUUCCAAUGAUGAUGAUGGUGGUGUUGGUGGCAAUAGCGGUGCUGGUGGGAGCAAACGACACGACGACUCACGCGUUGUGUGGUUCGAAGCACUCAGCGUGGGUGGUGGUAGUCAGGUUAAAUGGCUGAUCAGUGGUGACGGUAGUGGUAGCAAAGGUAGUAGUAGUGGUGGUGGUGGUGGUGGUGGUGGUGGUAACGUCGAUGGUGUUAGUGGUCGUGGUAAUGACGGUUGUGGUAAUGGUGGCUCUGGCAAGGGUGGUUUGACUAAUGGCUGCAGUGUUUGUAUAACUAGUAGUAUUAGCAGUGAGAGCAAGUUUAGUGAUAAUGGUGGUGCUGAAAUAAAUUCCUUCGGAGUUGUGCGAGUUCAUACGGAGAAAGAUGAGGCUGCUGUUGAUGAUGAGGUGUCGACCUACUUAUGUCGGAUACAUGCCAAUGUCCCGUGCGAUGCUAAUAAGUUCAUAUAA